AUGUUUAUGAGAUGCUUUCAUCUGUCAGAUGAAAUACUUCUGAAAUAUUUCUGAAAUCUUUUCGUGCUGUAUGGGAAGCCUAUACAAAGUGUGCCAUAUCAACUUUACUAUAUGUCAUGCGGUAAAUUAAUUUCAUUACAUAUCUGUACUGCGCAACGUGAUGAUUACUUCCGACGUAAAUUUCCUUUUAUCACGGUUCCAUAUCUCGGAAUUUCAACAUCCGGCAAACAUUGAAAUCUCAAAGUAUGAUGAAAGAACUUCCGUUCUUAAAAUGUAAUACGUGAUUAAAAAAAAUGUAAUUACAGGGGGAGGAGACGAAUAAUCUUCUUCUGAUUCCGUAACAACAGCUUGCAAUUUCUUCUCCUUAUAUGGGUGCUUCAUAUCGUCUAAAUAGACAUAUUUUUUAAACAAUACAUCAGAUAUAUUUUAAACAAUUAUUAUCUUGUGUCUUAGGCGUUAUUAAAGUUCCUAUUUCACUUCAGAACAUUUAUUUCUAAUUAAUUUGCUGCCCGGCCGAACCUGCAUUCCGUAAUUUCUGGCGAUGUCGGAGUAUACAAGCCAUCAAUUUCGGUGCCACGUCAAUUCGUGCGUGAUGCUCUGUAACCCAAGAGCAGCAGGAUAGAUCCCCCUAUCAUACAGAUUUCCGUGUACCGGUUCGCGGGAUGGCCGCGAGUGCUGCGGACCCGCUACUCGCACGAUCGUCGCAGUUGCGAAAAGGAUCCCGUUCAUUUCGCUCGCGUUGCCGAAGAGCAUCAUAUCGCGAGGUCGAGCAACGCCGCACCACUCCACUCGUCCGCGUACACCAGCAGCACAGCACCAAGGUGUAUGCACCAGGAGGAUGACGGUGAUCCGGACGUUGCUGUUCCUCGGCGCAGCGUGUUUGAUGCUCGCUGAGGUAAACGGCGCACCGGCCAAGUACGAUCAGCGACAGGAGGGCGACUUCAACCUGCACGCUCAGCUAGAGAACUUCCUCUUCGUCAUAGCCAUCCCCAGCAGCGGCAGCGGCAGCAGCAACGAGCUUCUCAGCGACCUGGCGCUACAAGCUCUCGAAUUCAAGCAACAGCUAUCGUCCCGAUCGAGUUCGUCGAAGGAACAGGAGUCGAUCAAAUCCGAGGAGGUUCGAGAGAACGAGAAGCCUUAUACCCUGGAGGUCAUACGGAUAAGCGAAAAGCAUCCGGACGAAGGAAACUUGACGCGAGGGGAUGAGCAAGCGUCAAACGUUUCGGAUCUGCAAUUCACGUUGACCAACAGCAAGCAGGGCGCUGGGCCAGAACCCGUUGGGAGGGUCGCGAAGGACGUGAAAGGUUUCGAGUUCCCGAAGAACCGCGUGGUGCCGGCUAUCUUGGGGUAUUUCGUGGACACGGGAAGGGUGCCCGUCGAAUCGAAGGCGGAGGAUGGCGGCCGGGCCCGAAACGUACUCGAGGACGUCCGGAGUCCCGAUGUCGAUCCGGACGGGAAACCGGGAACGUCGCUGAAGAAACAACUGUUCCGAAAGAGGGAAGAGGACAUCGCACCUUCGCCGAACGCCCACGAGGACGACACGGGCCUGAUUCCUGAGAAGAAGCAGCAGGAACUGAGACUGCUGGGCGACGCUAUUGAGAAUUGUGGUCCAGGAAGGCGUCGCGAUGCAGCCGGCAAUUGCCAGUUCGACGAGUUCGCUGGUUCUCUUCUUUAGCUUCAAGCUCCCAUGACUGUAGUCUUUAAAACAUCGAGUUAUACCGAUCAUUAUACAAUUUUAACUCUCUUGGUGCAACAUUUUACAUACUUUAUUUAUAUAGAUGUUAACUCUUAUUGCUCAUUUAUUUUUGUUCAAUAAAAAGUUAUAACGUAAGAUUCAUGUGGCAAAAACAGUCUUUUGCUCAAUUAAAAUGGCUCGACGUACUCUGAAUACACGAGAUAAUAUUGUUUUAUACAAAAUGAAUAUGAAGAAACCAAUAUACAUAUGUAUGUGUGCGUGUGUGAGAAGUUACUUCGCGUAUGUAGCAAGCUCUCUCAUUUAAUAAAAUAUUUAAACAACAGUAA